GAUGUCAUGUACUUCUUCAGACUUAAUCAACAGAUCGACUGCUUCCAAGGAGUGGCCUCCAUUAUGCCUGCUUCUUCAAAAUGAAUAAAUACAAUAAAAACUGAAAAAUAUUGUACUUAAUAUUUUCCUGGAGGAUGCAUUUGGGAUUAGCCUUUGAAGUUGGUAAUAGUGAAAAAUGAAGCGAUAAAGUCAAUUUUUUUCCAGAAUGAGAUUGCUUAACUCAUUCCCUGCCAAUGCCAUCCAAAGACGUCAUUAAGAAUCCAUCUAUUCCCUGCCAAGGGUUGAUGUCCAGGGUCAUCAAUCGUGCCAGGGUCUUGUGCAGUUUGUGUGAUCGUCAAGCCUCUGGAUAACUGCAAUGAGGAGUGGCACCCUGUAGGGGGCAACAAUGCCUUGAGGUGAACGUCGCUCCCUCAGAUUGAAGAAGAGGAAGAAGAAGGAGGGGCGGUGUGACAAGAGACAAAUAUAAAGGCGGAAAAGAGAGAAGACAAAAUGGGUAAAAAAAAAGUAAUAUUGCGCCAAGGCAAGAAAAAUAUUCCUGCGACCGACAGGAAUGACUCCUUAGAUCAUGCGGGGGAAUAUAGGAUGACGCUCCGAGCCGGUCGCUUUGUCGCUAAGCUAUCGCGCAAAAUGACGGCCCAUACAUAUGGCGAGAUGCUCUCUGCCGCUUGCUGGCUGAUCGCCUGCCGACCAGGAUUUGAAUAAAUGGGAUCCGGAGUCGUCAGACAGUGAACUCCCUUUUGGAUAGCCAGCCGAGCUUGCUCCGACGAAGAUCGACGAAGGCGAAGACUAAGCACUGUGGCGGCGAAAAUGACCACGGCACGGUACCGUCCCACAUGGGAACUGGCCAUGGACCCCCUGGUCUCAUGUAAACUGUGCCUUGGAGAGUUUCCCCUGGAGCAGAUGACCACCAUCACACAGUGCCAAUGUGUCUUCUGUACACUGUGCCUGAAGCAGUAUGUGGAACUCUUGAUUAAAGAAGGCCUUGAAACUGCAAUUAGCUGUCCAGACUCUGCCUGCCCAAAAAGAGGGCACUUGCAGGAAAAUGAGAUUGAGUGCAUGGUGGACACAGAGAUGAUGCAGCGAUACAAGAAGCUUCAGUUCGAAAGAGAGGUGCUGUUGGACCCUUGCCGGACGUGGUGUCCAUCCUCGACAUGCCAGGCUGUGUGCCAACUGAAGGAGGCCGAUUCUCCGCUGCUGCCCCAGCUGGUCCAGUGUGCCGUUUGCGCACUUGAAUUCUGUUCAACCUGCAAGACCAACUGGCACCCUGGUCAGGCCUGCUCUGAGAACAACCUUCCCAUCACCUCUUUCCUGCCAGGAGAGAACAGCUCUUUCUAUAAGAAUGACGAGGACGACGCACCGAUCAAGCGCUGUCCUAAAUGCAAAGUGUACAUCGAGAGAGACGAGGGUUGCGCACAGAUGAUGUGCAAGAACUGCAAGCACGCCUUCUGCUGGUACUGCCUGGAAUCCCUCGAUGACGACUUCCUCCUGAUCCACUAUGACAAAGGGCCUUGUCGAAACAAACUGGGCCACUCCAGGGCAUCUGUUAUCUGGCACAGAACACAGGUGGUGGGGAUCUUUGCUGGGUUUGGCCUACUCCUGCUGGUCGCCUCCCCCUUCCUCCUCCUGGCCACUCCUAUCAUCCUGUGCUGCAAGUGCAAGUGCAGUAAAGGCGACGACGACCCUUUGCCCACCUAAAUGCCGCCGCCGAGAGCACCGCCGCCGAGAGCAGAUGAUGUGGAAAGCCGGCCAAAGGAUAGGCCCAUCUUCAUGUUGCCUCCCUUUCAUCUUAUUUUCACGCUGUUUUUGUUAUCCUCCUCCCACCAGCUUUGAGUGCUUCAUAUUUUUGGGCUGAGCCUGCACGAAGCCCAGGCUGCUUUGGGAUCCAUCGCUCUGCAUGGUAGAUAAGCGAGCCCUGAAGAGACAGGUGCAGGGUCAAAGGCCCCCCACGGGUCAGACUUGUCGUAAGUUGGUAGUUUGGGGGACCAAAUUGGCACCGCUUGAAGUGAUUGCUGUUGGUGGAACAUCACAAACGUUAUGAGAUACUGUCUGUCUUGUAUAGAUAAAGAACUGCUCUUGUCUUAUUGUACUGACCUGAAGCCGCCCUCUGCUUCCCACCACCACACCUGCUGUAGCUCCACAGGUUCAGUCCAGUAGCAUUAGAGGCGCACCACGCAUGUUCGGCGCUCACUCAAUUUGCACACAUCAAUAUGAUUUAUUUGUCAUGUUGGUGGCUGAGGUAGCGAGUACUACGCUCAGCUCAGUACAAUGCGUCCCCUUCAAUGAUGUCAUUGUUUUAUAACCUCGCGCUUUUAAUAGAACUGAGUCGUGUCUGCUGUACGUACUGUCUUGUACUUUUAAGAAUUUCCAAACCUUUAAUGAAUGUGUGUUUUUCAAGGAGAUCGCCACUUCAAUGUGCACAUUUGUCAUUGUAGAGUGGCACUCCCCUUUAUCAAAUUCAGUGUCAACUCAAACUCCAAUCAGAGAGACAUUUUUUGUUUUUAAUUCCAAAUCCAUGUUUCUCUCAGAGAUGUCGCUCCUUUAAUACACCGGGCCCCCAAGUGGUGGUUUAGCCAAAACAGAAACGGUAGCCUUAAGAUUGAGAAUAGCCAAAAGCAGCCAUUUCCCUCUGUGUGGUAAAUCCAAAUAUAUAAUCCCAGCGAAAAUGUGUACAAAGAUCUUUCCAAGUGUCAACCUUUGUGUUCUGCCGAUUAUAUGAUGUCAUUCAUAUGUAACUCUGUUAAUAGCCAUACUUGUGUGUGUGGAGGGGGGAGAAUCAAGAAUCAAUGUUCUGUAUUAACAAGGGCCUUCAGUUCAAAUCUUCAAGAGGAGGAGCACUGAUUCCCAUCCGUUUAAACAUCACAGCACGCAAUCAGAUCUUCCACUCAUGGAGAUGUAAUAGCCCAAAUUGCAAACUUGCGCGUUAGUGGUCCGAGUGUUAAUGUUUUGUCUUGUUGGUAGUUAAACCUCCAGCAACAAGCAUCUACUCCCUAACCAGGAGCAACAGAAGAGCCUAUACAGUUAAUAUUAGCGAAUGUUCCAUUUUAGGGAACCUCGCUAUGAAGCUGCUCUGAUGUAUGACUUUAUCUAUGCAAGUUUGUACAUCCCCUUCAUUUAAAUGUGCGUCGAUUGAUCUCUGACAACAAGUACACUACACCACUACACAUGCAUUUGGCAUAUCAUUGCUUUUAUAUACAGGUAGUGGAUUUGAAUCACUGUAUUUCUCCCCCCCUCUCAAGGGGGAAAAAAAAAAAAAAAAAAAAAAGCUUGUGGCGCUAAUUAUUAACGUGGUAUAGAAACUGCUUCCAGAGCAGAAAUGGCAUCUGCUGAGAUGGCAUGUAAACGUUGAACAUUUUAACCCCAAAAUGAAUUUGCAUUGGGGGGGAAACAACGAUUGGAUGUCCACUGACAAAAGCAACAUUUAUACAAAUAUCGACCUCCCAAGAAUGAAUGCCUUAUCCUAAUGGAGGUCUGGUAUUUUCUCCAAUAAUAUAAAUAAACACCCCCAUCCACUAUGUGAGGAAAUAUGGUAUAGCUUUUCUAUAUAUGAACUCAUCAUUCAUCAGUUUCUGUCAAUUUAGUUUAUUAGUCACAUUUUCAUAGUCCCAGCAAAGUGACCCAACCCAUUACAAGCAGGAACCCUAUUGAUUUUAAAGGCUGUUUGACCAGGGAUGUUGGUUUCAAGUCGACACUAUUCUCAAAUGAUCAUCUACAAACUUCCAGGAAUCUGUCAUGUACAUGAAGCAAGAAUAUUGACUUAUUCACUGGCUAACGCCCAAUCCAAUACCAUACCAUGCCAUUUAUUUAAAAAUAUGUUUUUAAAGUUAAUCUAAAAUCAUUGGAGUGCAGUAAGUUGGAAGAAAUUAUGAUCUAUUCGUGUGUUAAUUGCUAAAAGGCAACAAACAAAAACUAUUGUCCCAUUGAUCUUGACUAAUACAAAAUAAUCCACGCCACAACUCCAUUCCUAUCUAGUGAUCACUUUGCUGGGACUGCACAAUUUUAGUCACAUUUACCCCCCCAAAAUUUCAUCUUUGAUUUUAGAGUUUUUACGGACAUACUCUUAUAUUUCCACUGUUGCAUUACAGUAAUGCACUUGUAUUUACCAUCAUUCUGGUGGAGUUAAUGUAGCAUUUACUUAAAAGUGUCUACAGUUACAUCAACAAACAAAAAGUAGGUCACAUGUUCGAUAUCAGUAGCUAUUUUAAGCUUGAAAGUAGCUCAAACAUCUGCAGCUCUCAUCCUCACAGAUCGAUCCUUCUUCAUAUUAGUCGCUUUAAGUUCGUGUAGCCCUUUUUACUAGUGUAUAAGCAUGAUAUAUGACAGUUUGUGAAACCUUUUUCAACAGUUAAAUUGUGGUUUCUCCCCCUGAAGGUGAUUUAAUUCUGGAAUAUUUAUAGUUUGUUUUUUUUCUUUUCUUUUUUUCUCCAUGACAAUCGUGCCAAGCAGUUUUCCUAUAAAGAAGGGCAGGAGUUGUCUACUGUAUGUGCAUUUUAACUAUGUAUUUGUAAUGUAAUGCCAGUUUUUACAGGGUGGAAAUAUCUACUGCUUCUUUCAUGUGAACGCUGCACUGUAUAUGGGGUUUAGUUGCUCAUAUGGAGGUGUCAUUUGUGUGGUUCUGGUGCCUGGUGUGUUUAAUGGAGAUAGCCUUCAAAAGAUACUUUGUGUUUUGUUUUUUUUGUUGAAUUUUUUUAUUUUUAUUUUAUUUUUGUGUAUUGUUGUACAAUUUAGGGCUAUUGAAACUAAAAAGUACAUUUUGGAUUAUUCAAAUACAAGAAUGUCACAUUUACGAGAUGAGCAGGCUCCAAUGACGUCAUAAAAUCCUGGCCGUUCCCAUUGAGGAUUUUUUUUUUUCCCCUCCAUUCAUAAAUGACAUUUUUGUUUGCUUGCACAGUUACACAAUUGAAUAUGCAACAAAAACAAAAAAAAAGGGCCAAACUCCACAAUCACACUCAUUAUGCCAAUCAGGACUAAAACAUACUACAGGUGGAUUAGACAUCAGCACAGCUGUAAGUAUAGGGCUUGCUUUGAAAUGGUUGAAUGCAGAGUAAAUGUAAAAAAAGAAAAGCAUUUUAAGCCCUCACAAUAUGUAUUUUACAAUGUGUCAUUGGAUGAAGCCGCAUGAUUUAUCUCAAAUGUCUAAUGUUUUGGCCUUAAAAAAAACAUCUCCCAUAGUUUAUGCAUUUUUGGUGGGCCUACCUCCAUCCCGUGGUUAGGCUCAGUCUGUCUUGUUUUUUUUUUUUUAUUAUUUUUUUAAUCCACUUAAAUCACAAAAUACUUGGAUUUGUGCUUUCAUUGUUAAGCUUAAUAAAAGCAAAAUGACAACUGACCUGGUUGCUAACAAAAGAUGACAUCUGUAUCAGUUCUGUAUGAAUUAGGUUCAGUAUAUCUACAGUUCCACUAACACUGUGAUACCAGAUAUUAAAUGUUUUUUGUGAUUCA